AUGGAUCUAGAUGCGAUACAGACUCUGAUGGGUGAUUUGGCCGACCAAGCAUCUGUUGCCUUCCGCAAGGUUCCCGGCUCGGCCGUGCUGAUACGAUACAUACAGUCGAGCUACCAGAAUGACCCGGUGCGCUCUGCCAUCGAGCUGGUCCUCGUGCUCUUUUUCAUCCGCUACCUACUAUCGCCGUCGUAUUCCACCGACAAGCAGAAUUUUGUCAAGCUCAGCGAAGAUGAAAUCGACGAGUUAAUUGAUGAGUGGACUCCCGAGCCCCUUCUCGCAGACCAGACUCCAACCGAGCUCCUCGAGAGUGAGAGGACACCUGUCAUUGUCGGCCCUACUGGACCCAAGACUAAACUCGCCAACGGCCGUACCGUCACGAACCUUGCCUCGUACAACUUUUACAACUUCAAUGCCAAUGAGCAGAUCAAGGAGAAGGCUGUCCAGACGCUCCGCACCUAUGGUGUUGGGCCGUGCGGUCCUCCCCAGUUCUACGGUACCCAGGACGUCCAUGUCAAGGCUGAGGCCGACAUUGCCGCGUACCUAGGCACAGAAAGCUGCAUUGUGUACGCUCAGGCCUUCUCGACCAUCUCCAGUGUGAUCCCCUCCUUCUGCAAGCGUGGCGACGUCAUUGUCGCCGACCGCGCCGUCAACUACUCUAUCCGUAAAGGCCUCGAGGCUUCCCGCUGCAAUAUUCGUUGGUUCGACCACGGCGACAUGGAGGAUCUGGAGAAGGUGAUGGCAAACGUAGUCAAGGAGCAGGCCAAGGCUAAGAAGCUGACGCGCCGUUUCAUCGUGACUGAGGGACUCUUUGAGACUGUCGGCGACGCCACAGACCUGCCGCGCCUCAUUGAGCUCAAGGAAAGGUACAAGUUCCGCAUCAUCCUCGACGAGACCUGGUCAUUUGGCGUGCUGGGCCGUACCGGCCGCGGUCUCACCGAGGCUCAGAAUGUGGACCCCCAGCAGGUCGACAUGAUUAUCGGAUCCCUCGCUGGGCCUCUCUGUGCUGGAGGCGGCUUCUGCGCUGGAGCCCAGGAUGUCGUCGUCCACCAGCGCAUCACGUCCACCGCCUACACCUUUUCGGCCGCCCUCCCCGCCAUGCUGGCUGUCACGGCUAGCGAGACGGUCAGCCUGCUCCAAUCCAACCCCGACAUCCUCACCCAGUGCCGCGACAACAUCAAGGCCAUGAGGGCCCAGCUCGACCCUCGCAGCGACUGGGUCAUCUGCACCAGCAGCCCCGAGAACCCCGUCAUGCUCCUCGUCCUGAAGCCCGACGUUGUCAGCUCGCGCAAACUCGACCUCGAGGACCAGGAGAAGAUUAUCAUAGACUGCAUUGAAGAGUCACUGGUCAACGGUGUCCUUAUUACUAGGUUGAAGACACAGCCCUUUGAUUCUAUUAAGGACAAGGGCGGUAACGGCACGAUUCCCCAACCCGCUCUGAAGGUCUGCAUCACCACUGCUCUAUCUAAGAAGGAUAUUGAGAAGGCCGGAACGACCAUCAGACACGCCAUAACCAAGGUCAUGACGCGCAAAUCAACCAGCAAGUCUUCCUAG